AGAAGCGAUUCUGGCCGCGGGUUCCAGCCGGAGCCGCCGCACGGGACGGGCCCAGGGAUAUGCGCCCGGCCAAGCCCCGGAGGGAGCACAGACCUUCCGCCCUUCCCAGAACCGGCACGGAGAAAAACACAGACGGCACAAACUGCACGCCAAGCGCAAGUAACGAGAAGGAGGCGGUCCUGACGCCAGGACGAAGGGGCCGCCGGACGUACCUUGUGUCUACCAGCACCCGCUCCGGACCCGGACGCUCCCGAACCCGGACGCUCCCGAACCCGGACGCAGCGUUACCCCAGGCCCGGCCUAACGCCAUCCGCCCCCACACACCGCCCGUCCGGCGUGGCACGCCGUGGGGCGGGGCCGGCGCGGGGCGGGGCGGGGCCGGCGCGGGGCGGGCGAGUGCGGCCGUCGCUGAGCUGGUGCAUUAAUUCCAGCUUAAACCUCCUGCAGCACUUGAAGCCUGGUGAAACAAUCUGAUGGCAGCUCACAUGACCAAUGCUCAUCGACGGUUCUUGCAGGUUCUUAUGUCUAAUAGGAUAACAGAAGGAUCAGAGGCCAGAAAAUUACACCAGCACUGCUGUGAAACUGAUAAAGUUUACUAUGCACACGAUAAACUGGACGAUUUCAUCAGCACUAUUAAUAGCCACCUGCAGCCUUUGUUUAUGCAGAUCCGGAAGGGAAUAUCAGAAGACGAUGGGAGAGCACAUUAUGCUGUAGUGAAUUUGGCGGAAACUGAAGUAACUAAAAUGGCAUCUGACUAUACAGAAAUGGAAUUGGAAUUGUUCAGAAAAACAAUGGACCUAAUAAUUUUAUCAGAAAACGGCUUUGCCUCAUCUACAGAUAUUUUAAAUUUGGCUGACCAACUUAAGACAAAAAAAAUGAAGAAAAAGGAAGCAGAACAAGUGCUGAAAGUUUUUGUGGAGGAUAAGUGGCUCUCUGAGAAAAAUGGAGAAUAUACUCUGCAUACUCGUUGCAUAAUUGAGAUGGAACAGUACAUUCUCAGCUACUACCAGGAUCUGGCAAAGAAAUGUAACCUCUGUCACAGCCUCGCCAUCCAGAGCCAAGUAUGUGAAUCCUGUGGAAUUGGAAUGCACUUACCUUGUGCCAGAAAGUACUUCAGAGGCCAGACUGAACCCCGCUGUCCAAAGUGUAAUGAAUUCUGGUCUUGUGACACUCCAGUUUUCUUUACAGGUGUGAAUCGGAUGGGCUCCCAGACUUAACACAGAGCUCCACUCUUGGCCUUAGAUGAUGCCAGUAAAACUUGAUGUCAGUGACAUCUGUUUGCCGCCACUCUGGCAGAACAGCCAGACUGUAUUGUAUUCAUUAGUAACAGUGCUCAGUGUACUCAUUUUCUAAAGUUCUAAGAAUCUUAAAAUAAAAAUAUAAUUGAUGUUCCUGUUCAUAGUAAUGCUUGUACAGCUUUCUUGGAGGCUGUUUUGUGUCUGUAAUUCUCCAUAAUCUUAGGUUGCAACCGUCAGUGCAUGUUUGGGGAUGAAAGAUGCAAAUGUUUUAGUCAGUCGUGCAAUUUGAUAUAUGCAGCUGAACUCUUGAAAGAAGCCUUUCUCAGCAAGUGCUCCCUGGUUGUACAGGAACAGUACAAAUUCAGUUGCACAAUGGAAAUGACACCUGCUGUAGCAUGUCAAGCAGGUGAAAAAUCAGUGCAGUGUGUGCAAGGCACCUGGCUCAGUCUCUGACCCAGGGCUAGAGUUGGAGCACUUCUAGUUGGCACUGUGGUUGUGUUUUGUCCCUUCUUUAGAUGCAGAAGAAUUUGUCUUGACGUAAGGCCAUGCAAUGAGCAGCUGUGCUCUGUAAGGAGGGAAUAUUGCCACAGAAGGAUUGGGAAGCAGUAGGACAGGACGUGGGGCAAUGUUAGCUUAUGUCUGUGAACUCCUGAAAACAUUACCAUUCUGAGAUUCUUUAGGUUUUUUGUCUUGGCACUUGUCUCCGGUUUUAAGUAAGGAUGCUUUUUCCUUUAAGAGUGACUUGGAAAGGAGCCAAGGACUGGCUAUUGCCAGACACCAGACUAAAAUGGCAGCAUUCUUGUCCUUGGUAGAGAUGUGUGACACCGCAGAAGGGUUGUGGCAGCAGUUCAUAUGAUGGUUAAUCAAAGUAUAAUUAAACCUCAGGUUAUCUAACUGCAAUUAAACUAUGGAUUAACUUCAGUUAUGUUCUAGGCUUUAACAUGAUGUUGUGGUUUAGAAAUGGUACUCCCCAAAUUAGAGUUCCCACCAAAACGCUCCAAACCACAAAAUGCUUGCUCAUUCCCUCCUCCCCCUACCUCUCCCCUCAUGGAGAGGAGAACUGGGAGGUCCAAAAGAUCAAGAUCAUGAGUUGCAA